AUGGAACCCAAUGCACUAGGUUGUGGUAUAUUUCCUAACAUAGGUAGUGGUUUGCUAGGAGUAGAAAACCUUCAAAACCAGCAAAACCCUCCUCACCCUUUGCACCACCCCCAAAUGGUUUCCUAUGCCUCUCAACAUGACACUGACACACAUCAACAACACCCACCACAAUCAAUCAAACACGGCUACAACUAUUCAGCCACGAAAACCAACAAGUUACAAAUCACACUCAGUGAUGAAGAUGAGCCCGGGUUCACAGCAGAAGACUCUGGCGACCCCAAGAGAAAAUUGUCACCAUGGCAUAGAAUGAAGUGGACUGACACCAUGGUAAGGCUCUUAAUAAUGGCUGUUUAUUACAUUGGAGAUGAGGCUGGUUCAGAAGGCUCUGAUCCCACUAAGAAGAAAGCCACGGGGUUGCUGCAAAAGAAAGGGAAAUGGAAAUCAGUGUCAAGGGGCAUGAUGGAAAAGGGGUACUAUGUGUCUCCCCAACAGUGUGAAGACAAGUUCAAUGACUUGAACAAGAGGUACAAGAGGGUCAACGACAUUCUAGGCAAGGGCACAGCUUGUCGGGUGGUGGAGAACCAAAGCUUGUUGGACACCAUGGAUAUGCCUCAAAAGAUGAAGGAGGAAGUUCGAAAACUGCUCAACUCCAAGCACUUGUUCUUCAGAGAAAUGUGUGCUUACCACAACAGUUGUGGGCACAACAACAACUGUGGCACUUCCAACGGGCAACAAUCAACUGAGGCUCAACCACAACAUCAACAACAGCAGCAGUGUUUGCAUUCAUCAGAGAACGGGGUGGGGAGUUUGACAAUGUUGAAAGAGGAUGAGGAUGAGGAUAUUGAGGACGAGGAUUCGGAGGAUUUUUCUGAUGAGGAGGAAGAGGAAUCUGGAGAAGGAGCAUCAAGGGGUAUGGAGGAGGAUGAGAAUGACGCAAUGAGGAAGAGAGCAAGGAAAGGAGCGUUUGGUGUGUUGUCAUCAUCACCAUCAUCAUAUCAGGUGAUGAUGCAGCAAUUGAAUGUCGAAGUGAGUGGUGUGCUGCAAGAUUUUGGGAAGAGUGCAUGGGAGAAAAAGCAGUGGAUGAAGAAGAGGGCAGUGCAGUUGGAGGAGCAGCAGGUGAGUUAUCAAAUGCAGGCAUUUGAGUUGGAAAAGCAACGGUUGAAGUGGGCAAGGUUUAGCAGCAAGAAGGAGAGGGAAAUGGAGAGAGAUAAGCUUCAAAAUGAACGGAGGAGGCUGGAAAUAGAGAGAAUGGUCUUGCUACUACGCCAGAAGGAGCUUGAAUUGAUUACUAUUCAGAAGCAGCAGCAACAGCAACAUUCUUCUACAUAG